CUCAGCGGGAUGGCACUUUGAGAUCCGACGAGGACGACGACGCGAAGAUGGUCUGCCGGCCCGUGAGCUUCGUGCAGGACCUCAACCUGCUCAUGAUGGACCGCCUCAUGCACCGCGAGCACUGGGUCGACGCGGACGAGCGGUACCAGUGCCAUGCCUGCUUCCAGUACUUUCACCUGGACCCCAAGAAGCAUUGCUACAUGUGCGGCGAGAUUGUCUGCGGCGACUGCCGCACGCGACUGCUCAUCGAAGGCCGGUACAUGAACGACGUCGGCGCCAUGGCCUUCCACCACGGGCUCACGGCCAAGGUCUGCCACCCGUGCUACUUCACCUUCUUUAGCGCGCGGACCGUCGGCUUUUUCGAAGUCGAAAAGCACGCGAUGUACGAUUCUCGACGCAUGGAGGAUCGAUACGAUGCUGAUGAUGAUGGCGUGCUCUGGUUGCAGUCGCUCCCGACAAUCCAAGAAAAAGUCGCGGCCAAACUCGCACCCAUCGAAGCCACGAAGAAGGCCCUCCGACCGUCCGCUUCCGAGCAGCGGCAGUUUGACCAGCGCUUCACCAACAAGGUGCGCAGCAUGACCCGACAUCGCCGGUAGUCCAGGCUGUGCCCGUAUUUAUAAGCUCAAGGAGUGCGAUCAUUCAGUGUCAUCACGACGA